AUGAAGUUCAUUUCCCUCCUUGCUGUUCUCCCGCUUGUCUUUGCGGCGCCGAAUAAACGCGAUUCUGGUUUUGUUUGGUUUGGAACAAAUGAAGCCGGCGCAGAAUUCGGCCAGAACACUAUUCCCGGCGAUCUGGGAACCCAUUACAUCUGGCCGGAUCUGUCCACCAUCAAGACACUGCACGAUGCGGGCAUGAAUAUCUUCCGUGUAGCGUUUAUGAUGGAGAGGUUGAUUCCGGAGAAGUUGACCGGGACCCCGGACGCGAAGUAUCUCAGUGAUUUGAAAGCUACUGUCAAAGGAAUCACAGACCUUGGGGACUACGCGAUCAUCGACCCUCAUAACUUCGGGAGAUACUACGGAAACGUCAUCUCCUCGACCUCCGACUUCGCCGCCUUCUGGACAACCCUGGCGAAGGAAUUCGUCAACAACGACAAAGUCAUCUUCGACACCAACAACGAAUACCACACAAUGGACCAAACGCACGUCCUCAACCUCAACCAAGCCGCGAUCAACGCCAUCCGCGCCACCGGCGCAACAAGCCAAUACAUAAUGAUCGAAGGCAACUCGUGGUCCGGCGCAUGGACCUGGGUAACCGUAAACGACAACCUGAAGGCCCUCACCGACCCCAACGACAAACUAAUCUACGAAAUGCACCAAUACCUGGACUCCGACGGGUCCGGAACCUCCUCUACCUGCGUCAGCUCGUCCAUCGGCCAAGAGCGCGUCGCCGCCGCCACCGCCUGGCUCAAGGAGAACAACAAGAAGGGCUUCCUCGGCGAAUUCGCCGGCGGGGCGAACAGCGUCUGCCAGACCGCCGUGCAGGGCAUGUUAAGCUAUCUGGGCCAGAACUCGGAUGUGUGGCUCGGCGCGGCGUGGUGGGCGGCGGGACCGUGGUGGGGGGAUUAUAUCUUUAAUAUGGAGCCGAGUGGUGGGACGGGGUAUACGAAUUAUUUGAGCCUGUUGAAGCCGUUCUUUGUGGGUGGGGAUGGGGGGAGUGGGACGACGACGACGGCCACGAGGACUACGACUGCGACUGCGACGAGUACGAGGACGACGACCGCAACGACCGCGACGUCGACGGCUGUGGCGAAGCAGUAUGAGCAGUGUGGAGGGAAUAAUUGGAGUGGGCCGACGGUCUGUGUGAGUCCGUAUAGCUGCCAGAAGGUGAAUGAUUGGUAUUCGCAGUGUUUGUAG